AUGGCGGACUCACUGCGGCCUCCCAUCUCAAGCUCAUAUUAUACCUCCGUUGCUAUUACUCCCUCUGAUACUACCUCCUCUCGUGCUACCUCCUCUGGCACCACACCCUUGGGAACUACACCUUCACCAUCUGCUUCCCCAACAGUGACAACAGCCAAGACUGCCUCUUCCUCGGUCUCCCAGCAUACUCAAACGGCUACCAACCAUCCAAGCUCAGGCCAUGGAGUCAGUAGUGGUGCUCUGGCAGGUGCAGUAGUUGGCUCCAUUGCUGGAACCGCCGUCAUCGCCCUCCUCGCCGCUUGGCUCUUUUUCCGGUCUAGACGUGAUCCUCCUCGACGAGCGAGCAAUCUUCAGAGCCCCGAUCGACAGGGCGUAGAACUGGCAAAAUCACCAGCGACUGUCCAAACUCGCCCGAUUCCCGCUUCUUUCGCUGCGGGAGCGGAACAAAGCUUGUCUCUAGACUUGGCUCCCUUCAUCCCACCACCUGCCGACGAUCAAACUGUGAGCUCUCGCAUCCAAAUCCUCUUCGACCAUAUCAGCCUCCACGUGGACAACUACUACGCCCCCGAUAGUGGUAAUAGCGCCCAGCCCCACGCGCCAGAGAUUCAAGAGAUGAUCCGAUACAACUCCCCAUUCAUCUCUGGCCCGCUCGCGGCUACCUUGGCAAAUCGUCGCGUUCGACGAGCGGCACUGACCCACGUCCUUGCUCGUACAUUACUAGAGGCUAUCCAGGCCGGUGGAUUGCUCUUCCCGCCAUUUCAAGAUACCUAUGAAGGGGAUAUCGCUCGUCUCUCCACAGGAGCUGCGAUAGCGAGUGACAAUGCCGCUUUUGCGUGGCGUUUGCUUACAGCUCAUCUGCAUGCCGAGUAUCUCGAUACCUCGUCCCCGGCUGCACAGAGGAACAUCGCUGCUCUUGCAGGGGAUUUUUCACGGACGUUCGCAGCGUUCCACAACCCACAGUUCUCUGAUCCGGACGUCCGACGCCAUCUAAGAAGUGUGGUGAAGGAAGCCGCCGACCUGGGCGUCUGGUUGUUCGCUCAACCGUGCUCUUUCGAGUUUGUCUGGGAUGCACCGUCGCGGUCUAUCGCAACUCUACCAGCAGUAGUCAAGGUCAGCGAUGAGCGGGGGCAGCGACUAGCUACGCCCCGGAAAGUAGUGGAGGAAGCGACCGCGCAGAUUUGA